AUGACAGCCGAGGCGCUGCGCGCAGAGAUCGAGGCCACCAAAGCGUUGACACAGACAGAGCGGGCAAGGAACCGACAACUCCAAGCGGCGACAGAAGAAGCCCUCGAGCGGCAAAGACUGCGGCGAGAGCUGGAAGACUACAGGAGGAUUCUCGAAAUGGAGCGGGAAGAAAACCUCGAAGAAGACCUCUACAGAAGAGAAAUAGAUGCGGACGAUGACGGAGAUCAUCUACCCUGGGCAGCACGCCCGCCUGGCUCUGUCCCAGCGAAGCUGCUUCCCAAAGGCUGCCAUGUGCGUGCAUUCGGUGAGGAGCAUGCAGAUUUCGGCCACGAGGUUGCCAAAGGCGAGUACACAUGGAAGCUUACUCGCAUGUCUUGGCUUCGAGCUGCCGUGGGACGACAUGGAACUGCCCGGUCCGAAUGGUUUCAGGUGGGCGAGUACAAGUUCCAGUUUACCUACAAUCCCGACGGAGGUUUUGUCAUGCGUCAUAUGGAUGGCUUUGAAGACAUAGAGGAUAUGUGUGGUUCUGUCGCCAUAGUAACGCCACGCACACAGUCAAUGGUAUCUUUCGUGCUUCGCCAUACCGUGUAUGUCCAGAAGUGCGGCAAGGAGUUCGUGCAAUGGGGCAACACACAGGAAGAGAAGAUAAACUCGGUUCACAGCAAAAUAGUUGGACCGGAUGUGCAUCCAAAGGGUUCCCCUCCAGCAGCAAUCGGAGUCUUCAGCCUAUCGCAUGAACAACUCUUGCUGUCGGAGUGGGUCCACGACGACACUUUGACUUUGAAGUUUGUUUUGGAAGUGCGUCCUCAGCGGUGUUAUUUUUCCCACGUUGUUCCAGGAGAGGUUGUGGAUGUUCCAGAGCCAACCCUGCAUCGCGACACGCAAGCUUUACUCGAGCAAGCGGGUUGCAGCGACAUGCAGUUCAGGGUGCAGGGAGAGGUGAUCCACGCGCACUCCCAAGUUCUCUGUGCGAGAUCGGAGGUGCUCAAGAAGCAGCUGAACUCGGGCUUGCAGGAGUCCAAGUCCAAGGUGAUCGUGAUCGAAGACUGCGUUGCGGCCACCUUCAAAGCCUUCAUAAAGUUCCUUUACACUGACACGCUACCCACCGUUGCGGACCUGGCAGAAGAGCCAUCGAGUCAAACUUUGAAAGAACACGGCAGUCGGCAUCCUUCGCAGAUGGAGGCAUUGUGGGCAGUCAGUCACAAGUAUCAGGUAGAACGGCUUCAGCGUUGGUGUGAAGCGCAGCUCUGCAACCAGCUCAGCGCAGAGCGGGUCUGCAGCGUCCUUCGCCAGGCACAUGUCUUGGAGGCCACACAGCUCGAGAAGGUUUGUCUCGCUUACAUCAAAGACAACUUUGCAGAGGUGCUCAAGCUUCAGGCCUACAGUGAUCUCAUGAGCAAAUGGCCCGAGGUUGCGCUGAAGGUUCAACUCUAUUCGACCGGAGUGCCAGAAAGCGAGGCAGCUGCAAUCGUGCAGGCUCGCAAGGUACGAAAGUUGGAGGAUGGAGCGGAGACGACCUCGUAG